GUUAUAUCUUUGAAAAAACAAUAAGCUAUGGUAGUGUGGAUGGAUUCACUUCCUUAUCCGGUACAUUGGAACAAAGACGUAUUGAGUUUUGUACAUCUAUCGUAUCAACCACCAAUCACCAGCUCGAUGGCGAACGUAAAAAAAGUAGAACCCAACCCAAAAGUUGAAAACAAAAAGUGUGACCAAAAAAGGACAAUGUUAGCCAUAAUAAACACAAUAAAACCGAUGUUAUUUGUUGAAUACCUUUAUGGAAUACACAGAUUCUAUUUUAUCAAAGGACAGCUUCGACCACCCAAUUGGAUAAUGAGAGCAUACGCCAUUAUGCACACUGGAGCCUUUCUGAUAUUGUUCUUCGCAUUUUUAAAUUUUCCCGCUGUUUUUUCAGGUUCUAUGAAAAUUGUGGAAAUCAUGGACGAGUUCCCCCCAAUCGUGGUCCUUAUUGAAAUUAUGUCUUCUACAAUAAUAGCUACUUUUCUUGUUAACACAGUAAACAUAAGCAUUUUUAUUAAGCUCGCUGUUAUAGACGCCAAGCUGCAAGCGGAAUCUGUGUCCGAUUUCUAUAAAAAAUCACGUUUUGAAACGUAUGUGCUAUUACUUGCUCUGAGUGUCAGCCAUUUUAUAAACAGUGUUAUAGACUUUGUAACAGCAGACGACAUUACAAUUAAGGGGAUGAUUGUCUUACCUCUGUAUUUCGUACAGAAACUCGAAACAUUUACUUUUUGUAAAUAUAUGUAUAUGGUAAAGAGAAGACUAACAAUUGUUAACGACUAUUUAAGAGCGUUUGUGGAAGAACAAGAGAAGAACAUCGCAAAUAUUUUCACUGUCACAAACAACAAAGUCGAGAAAAAACGAGAAGUUAAUUUUAUUGGUCGAGCAUCGGAAAGCAACACCAAAAUACGUGACUUAGCAACAAUGUACGACAUUAUCGGGAAGAUUUGUCACAUGAUCAACAAAGUGUUUAAUUUUCAGAUUUUCAUGACUCUUGUAUCGACGUUUACGUAUGUAGUUAUUACUAUAUGGACAUCUCUGUACUACUACCGCAAGCCUGGCAGUAAUUUAGGAGAAUUGAUCAACACUGCAGUUUGGUGUUGCAGUGCAAUAUACACUGUUGGUAUCAUGUCAGUUUCUUGUGAGCGAUUGAUUCUGGUACGGAACGAGACUAGGGUACUAGUGAACAAGGUUAUAAUGAACUAUGAUCUGCCAAAGACGAUGAGAGUGCAAGCUAAGGCGUUCAUGGAACUCGUGGAGGCCUGGCCGCUACGUAUCUAUAUUUACGAUAUGUUUUCAGUAGACAUCACGUUAAUGUUAAAGUUCAUAAGUGUUGCAACAACUUACCUUAUUGUCAUUAUUCAAAUAUCACAUUUUGUGUGAGUGUAACAACUA